AGCGAAGCCGAAGCGAAGGCCAACGCGCUGCAAGAGAAGAGCCAAGAAGCGGAGCGGCUCGCGAACGAGGUCGCCGAGGCAAAGAACGAAGCCGACGCGCGUCGCCAGGAGCUGGAGCAGCUGAGGAAUGGAAUGAACGCCAAGGCCGAGGCCCUCGCCGCUACCAUCAGCGCCGCCGAAGCCAAGGCCGAUGCGGCCCAGCACGACGCCGAUGCCAAAGCGGAGGAGCUCGAGCGUGCCAAUCGCCUCAAGGCCACCCGCGAGGCCGAACUCGAGGAGAAGAAGCGCGAGCUGGAGGCCCUCCUGCAGCAGAAGAGCGACGGCGACCAGGAGGGCGUAAUCGCUACGAUUCGCGACAGCCUCAAACACAAGGAGGACGAGCUCGCGCAAGUCCGACAGCAGCUCGACGAGAAGGAGAGCACUCUGAGCGAGAGGGACCGACAACUCGUCGAGCUGCAGAAGGCCAAGGACGACGAACUCGCCCAGAUCCGCCAGCAGCUCGACGAGAAGGACGGCGCGCUGAGCGGUGCCAGCGAGCAGCAGGCGGCGGAGCUGCAAAAGGUGAGAGACGAGCUCGCCCAGGCCCGACAGCAGCUCGAUGACAAGGACCGCGAGCUCGGUGGCGCCAGCGAGCAGCAGGCGGCCGAACUGAAGAAGGGUCCUCGGCCUCCCGUGCUCGCAGCCCAGGGAUCGCCUGCCGGCUCGCCGCAGCAGUUUCGGCCUCCGCCGCCGGCCGGGCCGCGACCCGCCCCACUCCCCGGGCGUGGAGCCGCCGCCACCAGUUCGCCCGCGCUGGCCGUCCAACAGCAGCCGCGGCCGGUGCAGCAGCAACCUGCGGCGCAGGCAACUCCGGCGGCCGCCUUCCGCCCACCCCCGCCCGCAGGCCCUCGUCCCACCCAGCCCGCGCCGGUGGGUCAUCCGGCGUACGCCGCGCAACAACAACCGCAGACGGCCUACAGCGCGCCGGUCCAGCAGCACCAACAGCAACAGCAAGCCUACGCCUACGGUCAGCAGCAGCAGUACUACGACGAAUCCCAGCAAUAUCAGGAGGGUGGCUACUACGACGAGUCGCAGCAGUACCAGGAGGGCGGCUACUACGAUAAUGGCUCCUACAACAACUACCAGUACCAGUAG